CCGGCCGCAGCCGCGGCGGCAAUAAAACAUCCUGGCACGUGCUCCGACUCCAGGCGCGCCCUCGCCGGCCGGCUGAUGUCAAACUGCAGCUCGGCUGGUGGAGCUCUUAAAGGGCUCGCGCGCCGGGCGCAGAGGCCGCCUUGGCCGCCCGCAGGGUGAGGAGGGGACAGGCCGACUCCCCGUCCGCCGCCGCCUCCGCGUACGGCCGGACCGAGAGCCUGCGGGGGAGAAAGGAUUCCAAAAAUAAAAUUCUUUGGGGAUUGAGAAGAAAGAAAAAAAAAAAAAGGAAAGAAAAUGCCAGCUGAUAUAAUGGAGAAAAAUUCCUCGUCCCCGGUGGCUGCUACCCCAGCCAGUGUCAACACGACACCGGACAAACCAAAGACCGCCUCAGAGCACAGAAAGUCAUCAAAGCCUAUCAUGGAGAAGAGGCGAAGAGCGAGAAUAAAUGAAAGUCUGAGCCAGCUGAAAACACUGAUUUUGGAUGCACUUAAGAAAGAUAGCUCCCGGCAUUCCAAGCUGGAGAAGGCAGACAUUCUGGAAAUGACAGUGAAGCACCUCCGGAACCUGCAGCGGGCGCAGAUGACCGCCGCGCUCAGCACAGACCCGAGCGUCUUGGGGAAGUACCGCGCCGGCUUCAGCGAGUGCAUGAACGAGGUGACCCGCUUCCUGUCCACGUGUGAGGGCGUUAACACCGAGGUGCGCACUCGGCUGCUGGGCCACCUGGCCAACUGCAUGACCCAGAUCAACGCCAUGACCUACCCCGGGCAGCCGCACCCCGCCUUGCAGGCGCCGCCACCGCCCCCGUCAGGACCCGGCGGCCCCCAGCACGCGCCGUUCGCGCCGCCGCCACCGCUUGUGCCCAUCCCCGGGGGCGCGGCGCCCCCUCCCGGCAGACCCUGCAAGUUGGGCAGCCAGGCUGGAGAGGCUGCCAAGGUUUUUGGCGGCUUCCAGGUGGUGCCGGCUCCCGAUGGCCAAUUUGCCUUCCUCAUCCCCAACGGGGCCUUUGCCCACAGCGGCCCUGUCAUCCCGGUCUACACCAGCAACAGCGGGACCUCGGUCGGUCCUAACGCAGUGUCUCCUUCCAGCGGUUCCUCGCUCACUGCGGACUCCAUGUGGAGGCCGUGGCGGAACUGAGGGCUCAGGCCACUGUUCCCCCUAAACUCCCUAGCCCACCUCUCUUCCGACGGACACUAAAAAUGAACUUGGACAUUAGGAGAGAAGACUUUUAUAAUUUGGUGGUUACUUUGUUGCUUUUUUUAAUUUCUAAAAAGUUACUUUUUGUAGAGAGCUGUAUUAAGUGACUGACAUUGCACUGCAUUUGUAUAUAUUUUAUAUGUUCAUAUUGGAUUGCGCCUUUGUAUUAUAAAAGUUGAGAUGACAUUUCGUUUUUUACACGAGAUUUCUUUUUUUAUGUGAUGCCAAAGAUGUUUGAAAAUGCUCUUAAAAUAUCUUCCUUUGGGGAAGUUUAUUUGAGAAAGUAUAAUAAAAGAGUGAAGGCUUUUA